CUCUUGUUAAAACUUCUGACCUAUUGUUUUCCAGGCCCUUUUGCAACCAUUCCAAAGUUUAUAUUCAGCUGCGCAGGAUCAUAUGUAACUCAAGGUCUCGGUAAACAUAUUAAAGGAACUAUUGGUUUUGGGCACCAAAGUGCAGUAUCAGUUCCUGCUCAACUUGCAUCAACUUUCAAAUUCAGCAGAAAAUUUGCCAUUUGCUUGAGCUCAUCCACAGAACGAAAUGGUACAAUCUUCAUUGGAAACAGCCCUUAUUUCCUUAAUAUUGGCAUUGAUGCCUCACGAGAUCUUAUUUAUACUCCUAUACUUACCAGCCCAUAUGACAUUGUGCGAGAUAAAAAGUCCUCUGAGUACUAUAUAAAGGUUUCAUCCAUUAGCAUCAAUAGUAAAAAUGUACUACUAAAUAAAACGUUACUGUCAUUGAAAAAUGGAUUUGGCACGAGCAUUAGCACGGCUGUACCUUAUACUAUAAUGUUGCCUUCUAUUUACAAUGGCAUAACAAAAGCCUUUGUUAAUGAGAUGCCAAAAGAGGUUAGAUCUGUCCCUCCAGUAGAACCUUUUACAACUUGCUUUAACUCGAGAGAUAUUGGUAUAUCACGCCUUGGCUUCAAUGCUCCUGAAAUUAAUGUCGCUCUCCACAAGAAAAAUAUGAAUUGGAGACUUACUGGAGAGAACUCAUUGGUAAAAGUUAAUGAGGAUGUCAUAUGUCUAGCCUUUGUGGAAGGACGUACUCGAGAUUGGGGACAAGGAAUUGUUAUUGGUGCGUAUCAAAUGCAGGACAACCUCGUUGAGUUUGAUCUUUUGAGAAGAAGAAUAGGUUUUAGUAACUCGCUCUUUUUCCGUCAAACCAUGUGUUCAAACCAGAACUAUACUUAG